AGAACGGAAAACCCAGCUCCAGCCCCCGAGCCACCAGCUCUGCAUGGCGCUAACUCUCCUUCUUCCCAUGCUGGCCUGUCUCCAGAUCCUCCCCCGGCCGGCGUCCCCCGCAGAUGUAGCUUCCCUGAAGCCAUUGCUGACUGUGAGCCCAGACUAUUCCACCUACCGUGUUGGCGAUUCUGUUACCUUCACAUGCUUAACACCCAUAGGGCACCAGGCCAUGCAAUUCCAGUUUCUAAGGGAUGGAGCUGAAGUGGACUCUCCAGAGACCCAAAGUCAGCUUCCCUAUACCUACAAUCUGCCUAGUCUAAAUGUGAAUGACUCCGGGUCCUACCACUGUAGGUACUGGACACAUGGGCAGAAGAUCCCGUCCAAACUGAGUGAUCCUAUCACCCUAAAUGUCUACGAUGAAGCUUCCCUGAAGCCAUUGCUGACUGUGAGCCCAGACUAUUCCACCUACCGUGUUGGCGAUUCUGUUACCUUCACAUGCUUAACACCCAAAGGGCACCAGGCCAUGCAAUUCCAGUUUCUAAGGGAUGGAGCUGAAGUGGACUCUCCAGAGACCCAAAGUCAGCUUCCCGAUACCUACAAUCUGCCUAGUCUAAAUGUGCAUGACUCCGGGUCCUACCACUGUAGGUACUGGACACAUGGGCAGAAGAUCCCGUCCAAACUGAGUGAUCCUAUCACCCUAAAUGUCUACGACCGACCACCACCCCCCUCACUCUCUCUGGACCCCCGCUGCCUUGAGUACCUGCUGGGGGAACAGGCAACGCUCAGCUGCAUAGAUCCCAAAGUCGGGGAGGUGACAGGAUACAGAUUCUACAAUGAAAGAAGUGGGGAGAUCUCCAGCUAUAAACCUGACCCAAGCGGGGGAGCCAAACUGGUCUUCCUUACACUUCACAUGGCUGAUGCUGGAUCAUAUACUUGCAAAUACUGGAGAGCACAGUCUGGGCAAGAGAUACUGUCAGUGGGAAGCCAAUCGGUCUCUGUUUCAGUGCUGGAUCCUCCUUCCCAACCGGCACUGAGCCUGGAUCCCCCGUCUGGCGUGAUUAAGGAAGGGCUCCCCCUGCUGAUCACCUGCAUGGCCCCUAGGGACACCGGUGAGCGAAGGUUCCACUUCUACAAGGAUGGAGCUGAGUUCAACCCUGGGAACACACAGUCUCAGAUCAGCACCACGGGGCCAGGGCCUGGCUCUAUGAAUGUCUCUGUGCUCAGCAUCCCAUGGGCCCGUCCUGACAUCACUGGGAAAUUCACCUGCGGGUAUGAGGAGAAAGUGUGCCGGAAGUGGGUCCAGUCCCCCAGGAGCCAGGCUGUGACCAUCACCGUGACAGCGGACAAAGUUUUCCUGCUCCGGUUCCUGGUGGUGGGUGGCUCCUUCUUCAUCAUCAAUGGCCUCAUCUUCCUCAUCUCCCACUGCUGCUUGUAGCACACAGGGUCUGCAGGACGCUCCCAGGCAGAAUCGGGUAGGGGAUUUUGGAUCAAUAAAAGGCUCCAGGCCAUUCUCAG